AUGCCUGAAGCUCUUACGAAUACCGAUCUCCAGGGCGCCCUCCCCCUCAUCGCACGAGGAAAGGUUCGCGACCUGUACGAUGUCGACGAGAAGACCCUCCUCUUUGUCGCAACGGACCGCAUCUCCGCCUACGAUGUGAUCAUGGAGAAUGGUAUUCCCGAAAAAGGUGUCCUCCUGACCCUUUGCACGAAAACCUGGUUCAAGAUCCUCACCGAUGCCAUCCCCUCCCUCCGCACCCACUUCCUCACCCUCGACCUCCCCCCUCAGAUUCCCGAGUCGCUCCGCCCCGUGCUCCAGAACCGAAGCAUGCAGGUGCGCAAGCUGAAGAUUCUCCCCAUUGAGGCCAUCGUCCGCGGCUACAUCACUGGGUCCGCCUGGAGCGAGUACAAGAAAUCCGGCACGGUGCACGGUAUCAAGGUCGCCGAGGGUCUGCAGGAAAGUCAGGCAUUCCCCGACGGUCCUAUCUAUACCCCCAGCACCAAGGCCGAGCAGGGCGAGCAUGAUGAAAAUAUUCAUCCUGACCAGGCGGCUGCUAUUGUCGGUGAACCCUACGCCUCUACCAUUGCUUCCCUUUCAAUCCAGCUUUAUAAGGCCGCGCAUGAGUACGCCCUCACCCGCGGUGUGAUCAUUGCCGAUACUAAGUUCGAGUUCGGCUUGGACCCGGAGACAAAUGAGGUGGUGCUGGCGGAUGAGGUUCUCACUCCUGAUUCGUCGCGCUUCUGGCCCAAGGACUCCUAUGCGGUUGGUCGCGGGCAGCAGAGCUUCGAUAAGCAGUUCUUGCGCGACUGGUUGACCAGCGAGGGGCUGAAGGGCAAGCCUGGUGUGCGGAUGACGGACGAGAUCGCGCAGAAGACUAGCGCCAAGUACCGUGAGGCGUGGGAGCGGAUCACGGGCGGUAGCCAUCAGAUCUAG